AUGUCAACAACAACAAAUCGUCUUUCAUUAUCAUCAACUUCUACAUAUAUGCCCAAUAAAUUUUCUAAUCUUUCUGAUUUACUUCAAAGGUUUUAUACAAUAGUAGAAAAUUUAAAACAAAAUCAUCAAAAUGAAAUUGAACAGUUAAAUAAUGCAAUAAAAAGUCUUGAAUCUGAAAAUAAACAUUUACGUGCAUUACAGGAACAACAUCCACAUUCUAUAUUUGAUAUUAAUUAUAUAUCACAUGAUACAUCAACUAUGAAUCAACUUCAUACAGAACUUGAACGAGCACAAAAACAAAUUGAAACUUUACAAACAUCAUUAAAUACACAAUAUUCAGAAUAUGAAGAAAUGAAAACAAAAUAUAAUUUACAACGUUUAAUGAAUGAAAAUCAUUUUGAUCAACAAAAUUCAAAUGCCGAUUCAAAUAAAGUUAAAGAACUUGAAUUAAAAUUAAAACAAAUUAAAGAUCAAAUAAAUCAAUUUGAUCAAUGUAAUUAUGAAAGUGACGAACAAAUACGUUUAUUAAAACAAUUAAUAUCAAAUAAUGAACAAGAACAAACAAAAACUAUCACACAAAGUUUAACAGUUAAACAAUCAGAUUUAUUACAACAAACAACCAUUGUUGAAAAUAUUUUAAGUAAACAACAAGAUAAAAUUAUAGAUAAAAUUUUAGAAUUACUUAAUCAAAAUCCUCGACAAGAUCAACAAAUAACAACAAAAAAUAAAAAACCUAAAAAGAAAAGAUUAUAA